GAUAAAUGUGUGUGGUAUGUGUUCCUCUCUGUCUUGUUUGCUUUCUUUUUAAGAGUUGCUUUAUAAAGAGAGCUUGAAAGAGUAUAGAAAGCAGCAAAGACCAUGAAAAAGCAUAUGGUUAAAAGCAGCAAAUAGGUCUAUCAUCCAUGUCCUUGUGUGCCUUCUUCAUCUUUACAUGUAUUCAUGUAUAGUAUAUGGGUGUUAACUAAAUCAUUGUCUCUUUGAAGUGAGUGAAAGAUUUUUUCGAAAAACUUUAUAAAAAUCUUCAUUCUUUUUCACAUUUUAAUUUUAUAAAAUUAUGGAACCUGCAAAUUUUCAUGAGCACCGACAAGAAGAAGACAACCAACUUGUUAUGGAUUCUUCAUGCUAUGGGCUUUCUUGGAACCAUAACCACAUGUUGAAUGAUACAAGCUUCACUGCUCAAGAACUUGUAGAACUGCAACAGCUUGCAAGAAUCAAGAACGAGAUCUCAGUCACUGGAUCUUGUUUCGAACUCCCGGAUAUUAUAAGCUCUGAAGAUUUUAUGUCGAAGAAUAAUAAUAGUAAUCAGUUUGUAAGAUACAACAACGUUAACAAUCAAGAUAUGUUGCUCAAAACAUUCUCAAACGGGUGUCAAAUAAAAAAUGAUCAUCUUAUGAAUCCAAUUCCCUCUUUUGAUCUUACGAAUAGUUGCUAUAGAGGGACAUUUAGCCAGAUCUUUCCAACCUUAAAGUUUUCAAAUUUGAAUCAACCCUUGAGUGGUUUCGAUAUGAACUUGCCAGCUUUAGAUUCAUUUGGCUAUCCAACAUUCAAUGGAAGUUUUAACUAUCAACCUUCAUUCAAUGCUCAUAAUCUUGGAGACCUUUUGAAGGACAAUUUCUUGUCUUAUGGUGUUGAUCAAAUGCAUAGCAAGAUAGCGCCAACGUUCAUCGUCGAAACAACAGAAGCAAAAAGGCCAGCUAGCAAUGGUAUGGAUGCAAAGGCAGCUCCUAAAGCUAAUCCAUCAAAGAAAUCAAAGUUGGAUAUGCGCCCUUCUUGCACACAAUUGAAGGUUAGAAAGGAGAAAUUAGGAGAUAGAAUCUUGGCUCUUCAGCAGAUGGUGGCACCUUUUGGAAAGACAGAUACAGCAUCAGUGCUAAUGGAAGCCAUUGGAUAUAUAAAGUUUCUUCAAAACCAAGUGGAGACGUUAAGCAUGCCAUACAUGAAUUCGACGUCGCAGGCUGAUAGAAUGUCAACAAGAGGGGAUUUAGAAAAUGAUGGAAAUGAAGAGACCAAGAAGGAUCUUAGAAGUCGAGGAUUGUGCCUCGUGCCAGUAUCGUGCUUGACAUAUGUUACGUAUGGUGGUGGAAGCGUUUGGCCAACGUUGUAGCUUAUGAACUCCACAAGACCGCUCCUUAUAUACAAGGAUCAAGAGUGAUGAUGACAACUUAAGCAUCAGAAAUUUUCAUUAUAUCUGACUUGUUAUCAAGUAUUUUAGUUAUCUCUACUUUCUUAGUGAUAAGGUGGAGCAAAUUUGGUCAUCUCAUAAAGAUGUCGUGGAGUGUUGACCAUAUUUGAUCCAUUGUUAACCUAUUAUUAUGUCAUGCAAAACUCAAUUGCAUUUUUUUUCAUUGCAUAAUACAUUGUAUUAAGAGUAAA